UGCUGACUGGCAGUUGGCCAGGGUGGGGGCUGGGGACAGACUGUUAUAAAACUGGGUGCACCUGGGAGGCGGCUGUCCCUGUCCAGAGCCUGCCACGCUCCCCAACACCACCGCCAUGUCCACCCACCGCCUCGUGAUGGUUCGGCACGGUGAGAGCACCUGGAACCAGGAGAACCGCUUCUGUGGCUGGUUCGAUGCAGAGCUGAGUGAGAAGGGGGCCCAGGAGGCCAAGAAGGGCGCCGAGGCCAUCAGGGACGCCAAGAUGGAGUUUGACAUCUGCUACACGUCGGUGCUGAAGCGAGCCAUCCGCACCCUCUGGACCAUCCUGGACGGCACAGACCAGAUGUGGCUGCCCGUGGUGCGCACCUGGCGCCUCAACGAGAGGCACUACGGAGGCCUCACAGGCCUCAACAAGGCAGAGACAGCCGCCAAGCACGGCGAGGAGCAGGUGAAGAUCUGGAGGCGUUCCUUCGACAUCCCGCCGCCCCCCAUGGACGAGAAGCACCCCUACUACAGCUCCAUCAGCAAGGAGCGGCGGUAUGCAGGCCUGAAGCCCGGGGAGCUGCCUACGUGUGAGAGCCUGAAGGACACCAUCGCCCGGGCCCUCCCCUUCUGGAACGAGGAGAUCGCCCCCCAGAUCAAGGCUGGCAAGAGAGUGCUCAUCGCCGCCCACGGGAACAGCCUGCGGGGCAUCGUCAAACAUCUGGAAGGGAUGUCAGACCAGGCCAUCAUGGAGCUGAACCUGCCCACGGGGAUCCCCAUCGUGUACGAGCUGGACCAGGCACUGAAGCCCACCAAGCCCAUGCGGUUCCUGGGUGAUGAAGAAACUGUGCGGAAAGCCAUGGAGGCUGUGGCUGCCCAGGGCAAGGCCAAGUGAGGGGUGGGCUUUCGGCAAUAAAGGCACCUCCUCCCAC